AUGAACCGGCAAAUGAGUCCGUCCGUUCGAAGACUGUCGGCUUUAGCAACAGUGGGGUUGGCGGUCUCGUUCACGGCCCCGGCUGCUGCCGACGACUUUGCCGCGCUGAACGAGGUUGUCGUCGCCGACUAUCUGCUGCCGCGCUACGAAGCCCUGGCCGACGCAGGCAGUGCCCUGGACGCGGCCCUGCGGCAAGGCUGCGGUGCGGGAACCCUCGGGGCUGAUGCCAGCAUCGCCGCCUAUCACGAGAUGGCGGAUGCCUGGAUGGCGGUUCAGCAUCUGCGCCUGGGGCCCAGCGAGUUGUUUCUGCGCGCCGACCGCAUACAGUUCUGGCCCGACAAGCGCGGCAUUACCGGCCGCCAUCUCAGCAGACUCGUGACCGAGGCCGAUCCGGCCGCGCUGGAGCCGCAGCGCUUCGCCCAGGGCUCGGUUGCGGUGCAGGGCCUGCCGGCGCUCGAGCGCCUGUUCUUCGCGCCGCCGGAAGGUGCCGAUCCCGCCUUCGCCUGCGACGUGGCGGUCGCCAUCGGGGCCAAUCUCAAGAGCAUCGCCGGGGGAAUGCUGGACGACUGGCGCGAGGGACCGACGCCCUAUGCAGCUGUGAUCAGGAGCGCGGCCGAGGGCAAUGCCGCCUACAUGGACGCCAAGGAGGCGAGCCUGCAGUUCGCCAAGGCGCUGCGUGCGGCUCUGGUGGCAACGACGGACCUCAAGCUCGACCGUCCGCUCAGCACAAGCGCCAAGGCUGUAAAGCCGCGGCGCGCGGAAUCCUGGCGCAGCGCGCGUUCGCUGCGCAACAUCAGGAUCAACAUCGAAAGCGCCGAAGCCCUCUACAGGGAUGGCGGGCAGGCCGGCUUUGCUGCGCUUCUGCGCCGGCAAGCCGGCGGCGAAGAGGUCGACAAGAACAUCGCGACCGCCUUUGCCCAGGCCCGCGCCCGGCUUGACGCCUUGCCGGACUCGCUGCAGGCGGCCCUGGAUCAGCCCGAGGGCUGGCAACAUCUCGAUGACCUGCGCAGUCACCUGCGCGAUCUUCUCGCGCUGCUGAGCGGGCCCUUCUCGCAGACCCUGGACCUGCCGGUGCGCGUCUUCGUCAGCGCCUGCGGCGAUGCGGCCGGGCGCUUUUCGGUCAAGGCGGUCGCUGCGGACGGCCGCCUGCUUUCCGACCUUCAGUUGCCCGGGCGCGGCCAUGCCGCCGCGCGGCGGCCCGGACGCGACGAGGUUGUCGUUCUGGCGCGGCGCCCCGGGCGCUUUGCGCUGGUCAUCGAUCCCUUCGCCGGCGGCAUCGUCCGGCAGAUCGAAGCGGCCCCCGGGCGGCACUUCUAUGGCCAUGCCGUCUUCAGCCCGGACGGCCGCCGGCUGUUCGCGACCGAGAACGCCUACGCCGAAGGCCAGGGGGUAAUCGGGGUGUACGAUGCCGCCGCGGGCUACCGCCGCGAGGACGAACUGCCCUCCCACGGCGUCGGCCCCCAUGAACUGGCGCUGCUGUCGGACGGGCGGCGUCUGGUGGUUGCCAACGGCGGGAUCAGAACCCACCCCAACAGCGGGCGGCGCAAGCUGAACCUGGAAAGCAUGCAUCCGAACCUCGCCUACGUCGAUGCCGGAAGCGGCGCUUUGCUGCAACGCCUGACGCUGCCCGGCGAUCUGCACCGGCUGUCGAUCCGCCACAUGGCCGUGACCGCCGAGGACCAGGUGUGCCUGGCGCUGCAAAACGAGGGGCCGCGCGACCGCCUGGUGCCGCUGGUCGGCCUGCAGCGGGACAGCGCCCCGAUCACUCUGGCGAAGGGGCCCGAGGGCGUUCUGCGGCGCAUGCGCCACUAUGCCGGCGGCGCGGCGCUGGAUGAUGAGGGCGGCGUGCUCGCCGUCUCCGCCCCGCGGGGCGGCCUGAUCACCUUCUGGUCGUCGCAGGAGGGGGGCUUCCUCGGCAGCCUUGAGGUGCCGGACGGCUGCGGCCUCGCCGCAGCGGGCGGUGCCGGUCGCUUUGCCGUCUCAAGCGGCGCAGGGCGCUUGUUGAUCUACGAUGCGGUCAGCCGGCGGUCCGAGACCCUGCGGGACGACCGGCGCCAUGGGCUGGCCUGGGACAACCAUCUGCUGGCGUGCUGA